ACACCAACGCAGCGAAGACCGGAUGUACGCCGUACGCCACAACGACAACAGCUACAACAACUGCCUGCCCAACAGUGACGUGCCCGACGACAUCUUCCAGCGUUACUUGCCCAGCUUGUCCAAGUUGUCCAACCACUACUACUACUGCAUGUCCAACGACUGCCUCCACUACUAGUACCACAACACCGACCACGACCACCACCACCACCACAACAACAACAACUGCCGCUCCAGUAGCUUUAUGUGCGACUCCGGUGUCAACUGCCCCUCCUACGCCGCUAACUAUGGGAUGUGGUGGCUGUAUCACCGUUCCAGCAACAGGCACAGUUGUAUUCAGUUCCCCUGUUGGAGGAACUGGGGAAAGUGAUGCCCCGGGUGACUAUCCCAAUUUCGCCUAUUGCCUGUGGACUUUCCAAGGCCCUACCGGAAAGCAGCUGCAGUUCACGGAAGAUCCAUCGGUACCGUUCAAUUUGAAUGACGAUUGUGGCACUGACACACUACGCAUCGGCAGUGAUCAGUAUUGCAGUUCCAACGUAUUUACGACGCAAACUGUGAGCAAUCCUACAGUUGUGAUCUUUACAUCGGAUGUAUCUCUGACGGCAUCAGGUUGGAAGAUUAACGUGCAAGCGGUGUAGUUGUGAGGUUCUGAUCUACUGCGUGUUCAUUCAUGGUUCUUGGGGAAAAACUGUUCAGUCAGCUAAAAUAAGAACACGCGUCAAAUUAUUGACAGAUUUGUUUAAACAGUGCUAUGAUGACUGCUAUCGAUUUCUCUGGCAAUAUGUUUACAUAGUACUGGGGGAAAGCUGUUUUGUACAGAUACUGUAAUGAAUGGGAAAUUAUGACCUCGAUUUACCAGAUAAAAGCGUU